AUGGUGAAACGGGCCAAGCUUGCGGCCAAGAAGGCCAGAAAGCUGCUGGAGGGUGAGCGGGUGGCAGCCCCUGCAGCGGCAGCUCAGGAGGGACCCGCACCUCCCAUGCACAUCCAGCGAAAACUCACCCGCAAAGUCAAAUUCCUAGAGCGCGUGGCAGCCACCAAGCUGUCGGCCAGCAAAGGCGGCGUCACAAAGAAGAAGAAGAAGAGGCCAUCCGUGGCACUCACCGACCUCGCCUCGCUCACCGCCUCCCUCAACGAGGCGGCGGCGGGGCUGGAGGGCGGCGGCCCUCAGCGCCGCCAGUUCGGGCGCAGCGUGGGCACGCAGCGCGGGCGGGAGAGGGUGGCGGCGGUGGAGAUGCAGCGCCUGCAGCAGGUGCUGCAGCACCCGCAGUUUGUGGCAAACCCGCUGGCAGCCGUGACCAGCCACCUGGCGGCCACGCUGCCCGCCGCUCCGCCGCCGCCCAGCACACAGGCGGCCAAGGACCCGGCGCAGCUGCGGCGGGAGAAGAAGAAGCGGCGCAAGGAGCGGGCGGCGGCGGGGCGCGCCAUGGCAGAUGACUGA